AAUGCAAUGGAACAGGAGCAGACAAUCGCAUCGUAUAACAUUUCUUAGAUACAGCAAUUCUUAACGAAGUCAAGAUCUUACUGCCCUCUCACCACUCACCAGUUCCUUCUAAAUUGCUGGAUAUCCUUGUUGAUUAGCACUUGAAAUCAAAUUAUUGUCUGCUGUAUACGCUUGAUGGCGACUUCAAAUAAGAAAUCGGAAAAAAGGAAAGUAGCAUUAGAUAUAUUUUGUGACCCAUGUAAGACUGGGGAUGAACAUAAAUUAUCUACUGCCGUAAGUUUCUGCCGAUACUGCAAUGAAUAUUUGUGUCAGAAUUGCCACAUUGUUCAUAAGCAAUUAAAAGCAAAAAAAUCUCAUUUGGUUAAACUGCAGGAUGAAAUGCCUUUAGAACGUAUGUCAAACACAACAGACACAGAUCCGCCAGAAAAAUGCCUAGCUCACGAGGAUCAAGUGAUUGAUAAUUAUUGCGUAACACACGAAGAGCUUUGCUGUCCGCAAUGCUUAGCUACAAAUCAUAAGACCUGUGAAGAUGUUCGAAAUAUUAAAGAUUAUCUAUAUACUUUCGACUUUCAACAAGAGGAAAACGAAAUAGAAUGUAAAACGCGACAACUAGCCGACGAAGUGGAUAAAAUAAUGUACCGUGUCAAUUCAAGCCUAAAAGCCGUUGACUUUUACCAUAGUAAAGCUCAAUCUGAAAUGUUAAAAGUGAAACAUUCUGCAAUUGAUCAUAUAGAAAGUAUAUAUAAAGAACUUGCUAAAGAAGUAAACAGAAUGAGAGAAGAAGAUUUAGUAAGAAUCAUGCAGUAUAAAAAUAAAUGCGAUGCUAUAACAUUUGACAUGAGAACAACAGGUUCUUACUUAAGCGGAAAGAAGAAAUCCAGCGGAAACCAAUUAUUCUUUGCAAUGAAAAAUAUCGAGGUGAAGAUUAAGUCAAAUUUACGGGAUUUGACGAAAGUAAAAUGCAUUGAACAUUAUAAUAUUACUAGAUAUCAUUUCAAGCCGGAUGGUGAACUAGAUAACCUGAAGUCUCAACUAAGUAGUUUUGGGUCAAUACAAUCAGAACCUAAUGUAAUAAAAUCAGCUACAAAAGUUAGAAGUUUGCACGUCAAAGAAGACGACGAUGAGGAAAACUGUUGCAUAACUGGACUUGCAUUAUUAGCGCAAACACGUAUUGUUUUGGUUGAUAAUAACAAUUUGAAAUUAAAACUAUUUCAUAUGGAAGAAGAUCAAUUAGUGUCAAAAAUAAAAUAUGAAUCAGCACCAUGGGAUGUUACAUGUGUUUCCACAACAGUCGAAUAGCUGUUUACACUCCCAGACCAGAAAAUAGUUGAAUUACUAUCAAUCGACGGUACUUCAAAAUUAACUAGAGAACAAGACAAUUGUCGUAUAACAUGCUCAGGCAAAUGCUAUGGGAUUACCAGUUCUAAUGAUACAGUCAUUGUUACUGUCAAGACAGAUGAUGAGACAAGAAAAGUUGAGCGGUAUAAGUUUGAUGGUUCAUUACUGUUAUCGGUUGGUGUCGAUGUCAAAUAUCCGCAAUAUGUUGUCUGUUAUGAGGAUGAAGCAAGGACAUAUAUUUCGGAUAACACUAGAAAUAAAUAUAUUGUAGAAUUAUCAAGUGAUAACUUCACAACGCUUGGUAAAUUAGGUUCAUGUCGAGAUGAAGUAACAGGCAUGGCGAUAGACAAAACAGGUCUUUUGUACUAUUGUGAUUCAUACUACCAUGAAAUAGAUUUAGUCAAUUUAAACAAAGAGCAAGCUGAUGGAAGAGAACGACAUGAGCUAAUUUCGGACAAAGAACCUAACCCAAAAUGCUUAGCAUUUUGUAAUGAUACCAAACAACUAUUUGUUGGUUUGGAUGGAAAUGAGAUAAAGAUAUACUCUGUGUUUUAAUAAAAUGCUUCCAAGGUACCAGUAUUUGUCCACUCUAAUGAUAAUUUAACUGGGGUGUUAAGUUAACCUUAACUAUUUUGAUAGUUAAAGUGGAGUUAAACUAGUAUCUCCCCUGUUGUUCAUAUCGUUGAUUCAUGAUAGGUAAUAAAAAAAAAAUGAUAGCCAUGCAGGCGUAAUAUCUGUAAAUGAAUUUCAAGUUUUGUUACUUUUGGCUGAUGAAACAGUUUUAUUUUCAUAAACUGUAGACGGGUUGCAAAUUUUAUUAGGACUAACGACAUGCUAAUUGUUUAAAAUGGAAUAUAUCUUUGAAUAGAUGUAAUAAAACCAAAUGAUAUGUAAAUUGAGUAAUAGACAAGAACACAUUGGUGUAUAUUAUGACAUGAUAGUACACAAAUACUUUUAGUAAAUUUUUAUUAUGUGCU